GAAGUUAUCAACAUCCUCAUAGAUAAAGAUGUUGAGAAAUGCUAAGACUCAAUAGAGAGGAGGGAUAUCGGCCUCCGUGGUAACACAGGUCCGGAAAAGCUGCCAUGGCCUCCAUAUCCAUGUCAACAACCAUCAGUUGUGGUGGUGAGGCUGCCAUGGCAACAGUAGCGUGUGACCAGGCUCUGCUGGCCUCAGACCGCUACGCCAGGCUCAUCCUGGCCCAGAUGAACAAGAUGCGUCUCCGUACAGACUUCUGCGACGUGGGGCUUAAGGUCGGAGGCCGGGUCUUCAGGGUCCACCGGUUAGUGCUGGCUGCCAGCAGCCCAUACUUCUCUGCCUUGUUCUCAGGUGGGAUGAGGGAGGCAGAUAAAGAUGAGGUGCAGAUCAUUGGAGUGGAUACUGAAGUCUUUGAGAUUUUACUGGACUUCAUAUACACAGGAGCAAUCAGCAUAACUGUUGAAAAUGUCCAGGAGCUGAUGGUUGCAGCAGACAUGCUGCAGCUGAACGAGGUGGUGUCUCUGUGUGGGGAGUUUCUCAAGGGUCACAUGGACUCGUCCAACUGUGUAGGCAUCUUUCAGUUCCUGGAGCAGAUUGCCUGCCUGGAAAUGCUGGAAUAUACUGAGAACUACAUUCAUGUUCACUUCCUGGAGGUGUGCGCCACUGAUGACUUUAGAGGUCUGUCAAAGGAUCAGUUGGUGAGGGUUCUGAAAAGUGAGGAGCUGAGGAUUGAGGAUGAGUAUCAGGUAUUUACUGCAGCUAUGGACUGGGUUCUCCAAGAUGUGGCAAAGAGGAAAAAGCAUGUCGUGGAGGUGUUGGAGGCAGUCCGCUUCCCUCUGCUGUCCCCACAGAGACUGUUUAAGUACAUAGAAGGUAUUACCGACUUCAGCCUGCGGGUGGCGCUGCAGACUCUGCUGAAAGAAUACACAGAAGUCACAAAAUCUCCCAAAGAAAAUAAAUUGUACAGUCAGCUACAACCAGCCAAGAUGAGACCUAGAAGAAAAGCCAGGAAAUACCUCUAUGCUAUAGGAGGCUACACGCGGCUGCAGGGCGCCCGCUGGAGCGACAGCAGGGCGUUGAGCUGCGUAGAGCGCUUCGACACCUUUAACCAGUACUGGACCACUGUGUCAUCCUUGCAUCAGGCCCGCAGCGGACUGGGGGUUGCAGUCUUGGAGGGCAUGAUCUAUGUGGUUGGAGGGGAGAAAGAUUCAAUGAUUUUUGACUGCACAGAGAGAUACGACCCGGUCACCAAGCAGUGGGCUGCUGUGGCGUCAUUGAAUUUUCCUCGCUGUGGAGUUGGUGUCUGCCCCUGUCACGGUGCUCUGUAUGCUCUUGGAGGUUGGAUUGGUUCUGAGAUUGGGAAGACCAUGGAGCGGUAUGACCCAGAGGAGAACAAGUGGGAAGUCAUCGGCAGCAUGGCCGUUCCUCGAUAUUACUUUGGCUGCUGUGAGCUUCAAGGUUUUAUUUAUGUGAUUGGCGGGAUCAGUGAUGAAGGGAUGGAGCUGCGCUCAGGAGAGGUAUAUGACCCCAUCUCCCAUCGAUGGAGCGCCCUGCCCAUGAUGGUCACACGUCGGGCUUAUGUAGGCGUCGCCUGCCUAAAUAACUGCAUAUAUGCUGUGGGAGGCUGGAACGAACCACUGGGAACAUUGGAGACAGUGGAAAAGUACUGCCCUGAGGAGGAGAAAUGGGUGGAGGUGGCCCCGAUGUCGACCGCACGUGCCGGUGUGUCUGUUUCAGCAGUCAAUGGGCUGCUGUACGCCGUCGGCGGCAGAGCCGCCAGCAGGGACUUCUCAGCACCCGUGACGGUGGAUUCUGUGGAGAUCUACGACCCUCACCUAGACACGUGGACGGAGGUCGGCAACAUGAUCACCAGCCGCUGCGACGGCGGACUGGUCGUGCUCUGACAGACAGGAAACGGAUGAAACUGUGAAUGUUGGUUUCUGCACUUGAAUCAUCCCAAAACUGUGAAAGAACAACAAAAAGUUGCACCUUAAGAAGCACUAAGGAAAUGUGUUUCUGCCUCACCUUACCAUCAAUAUUAGUUAUACCAGGAUGUGUCACCUUUGUAGUGGUCACAAACAUUUCUGAUCUUAGAAAUACACCAACAGCAAAAGUACAGCGAGGACUGGAAAGUGCCAAAAAACGUAACUUUUCUGUUAUGACUCCUCUGAUUCCUUCAUUUCAGUUCACUAAAUCAUUUUACUUGAAUACGAGAGAGAACUUAUUUUUCUCACAGAUUUGCAUUUGCUGAUGAAACUAUCCUGAUUGUAAGGAUAAUUUUUCAGCAAGGACUUACGUUGUGGAUUAAACAGUAUAAAUAGUUGGUUUGUGAGGACUGAGAAUUGUAUUCUAAGUUAUGAUGUGUUUAAAUAUGCACUGUUUUUUUCCCCUUAAAGACAUGCUUGAGAUGUAUUUGGUACAUCUUAGGAAAUCUCAAACUGUUGAGCUUAACUGACAGUGAAUGAAAAGCGAAUGAAAAGUUUCAUGUUCAGUCAUUUCUAUAAACUUGAAUAUUUUGGCACAGCUAACACAGCCUUGCUGAGGAGGCUGGGUUUGUACUGGAUAAUUUAUGGACAUAACCUGCUGUAAAUACCACUUUUCUGUCAGUCAUCGGUGGCACCUGCAAGUUAACUUUUGGAUGUUGAAUUACAAAACAUAUUUAAUCAAAGACUUUUCAUGAAAUGUAUCCGUUAAGCGUUUGGACACACCCGGGUGGUUGAUUAAGCUCAUCUCGUUUUUACAUGACUGGAGCAAUACUAGUAUUUUCUUACAUGUACUGUUGCAAACAACUCAUGAAAAUGUUACGCUACAAAAAAAAAGUACUUUUACUUGCUGUGUUUCACAUUUGACUUAAUAAACGUCAAAACAAGCUUUUAUGGACUUUACGUUUAACUCUUUAGGGCAGAUUCUCCCCAAACUGUCCACAGGCUCAAAACUGCUAAUAACUGUAACCUAUUGAAUGAAUAUUAACCAGCUAACAUUAGUGCCUUUGUGUGUCCAACUAUUCUAGCUGCAGUCUCUGUUUUCUCUGUUCUUUAGUCAUGAAUAUUUAAGGAGAUGGUUGAAGCAAAUAGCUGUCCCUCCUGGAGGAUUUCCCUCGCUACUGUUGCCCACUGCCCCGGGCAUGCCCGUGAUGGAGGACUCAAGAGAUUAGAUGCAAUCUGUUAGUUUUAUUUUUAUGAAUUGGCUUUUAUGACGUUAUAAAUAUAACAUAUAACAGAUUUGUUUUAAUUGGAUUAUAACUGAACUAUAAUGAAUUAUUUUGAACUAGUCUAUGUGUAUAAAAUGGCUUUUAGAUUACUUGUGGACUGAUGCUAUGCUUAUAAAGAUAAAAGCUGAUUUGUUCUAAAAGAUCCCAACUUUUUGAGAGGAUUGGUCUAUGCAUCUUUUAGGUUGUUCAUUUAGUCGAAAGAGGUCUGAUACAGCAUAUCGCCGAGGUGGCUAUCGUUUACCCCGGAUCUGGUAGUUGCAAAGGAUCUACAUGUAAUUUUACUGUCAUAAAACCUUUGAUUCUUGCAGGUUUCCUGUAUGAAACUAAGCCUACAAUUCUUUUAGAAAACCUAAUAUAAAGUUUGGACACACUUUAAAUCCAGUGUAUCUAAACUUUUGAUUGGUAGUGUACAUUCAACCUGCAUAGGUUGCCAUGCAGGAUCCUCACAGCUGGAAGUUUAUUUGCCUCUUCUAAUUUUCUAAAUACAAAGCCA